AUGUCUCGUCGUGAGCCCCAUCCGCACGGUGCUCUCAACCACGCUCUGUACCGUGCGUAUGACGCACUUCUUCACACCGACGCCGUGACCCUGCACGCUUGGAGGAAUCUUGUCUGGUCGACACCGAUCGUUCGUCUGGACAGCUUCCUUCUGCAGCGAGUCUUCAGCCACCGUCAGGAACCUCUCUUUCCAUGGGUCGUGAACCAACGCCAACGCCGGAAGCCGACCGCUGUGGCUCCUUCCGCUACUCUUCAGGCUGGGACUCAAUCUUCGGCCCGAGUUCCCGUCGCUUCUCCAGCUCCUGCUGAGCCUUCGGAGGAGUUGACCGUGAAUUCGCUGAGCGAUCUUCUUGCUGAGCCUGCUGACGCAACGGUAGACUCCGUAAGAACUGCUCUCCUGCCAUAUUUGACGCUGAUGUCACGGCACCAAGUCCAGCUCAGUAUCUCGCCUCCGCUUCAGGGUGACGUUCGUACCCAAAGUCGUUUGAAUGACGCGCUCGGCUUCGACCAGGUGCUAGCGGCGGUGCAACCUCUCUCCGACACGUUGCCGGAUCUUCCUCACGCAGUCGGUGAGCUCACCGCUCAACUGAAGAUCUCCCGGGAGGAAGCUGCUGCUGCUAAGCGUUUACUGGUUCCUGCCCAGCUCCGAGUUGAGUCUCUGGAGCCUCUUCUCAACAAAUCGACGGCUGAGGUGAAUGAGCUUCAAGCGGAGAUCAAGCGCCUCAAGUCAGCGAACGUUUGCAUUGGCUCUCUGCUCGAAAAGAGUAAGGAAUCGAUGGACGUUCAGGCAGAGAACCUUCGGCUCGCAAUGAACUACGCCGAGCAGAAGCAAGAUUGA